AUUUAUACCAAAAAAAGAAAAAUUGCCCAGUUUAGUAAAACAGUAUACAAAUUAUUUAUAGUAAUCUAGUUGUAUCCCAGGUGGACCCAGUAACUGUUAAUAGUUGGUUAUAACAAUCUAACUCUCUCAUCACAAUCGCAACUUAAUUCUUCUUCUUCAAUAGAUUCUGUAAGCUAUAUAUACUAACACGAACAUUACAUAUUGUAGCAGACAUUACAUUAAUUAAAUUAAACAAAACAAAACAUAGUAUGAGUAAUGAAAACACAGAAGGAGUAUUACGAAACGGGUUUUUCCCUGAAGAUUCGUUUAAGAAUUGGGAUGAAUAUAGAAAAGCGUUUAUGGAAAUACCUUUUAGGUUAAAGGAUAGGGCUUUCACCCGAUCCAAAGACUAUAUGGAGAUUGUUGAAAUGAAGGCUCGGAGUAACAACCAAAUGAAGAAAACACUUAAUUGGUGGGAUCUUAUUUGGUUCGGAAUUGGAGCCGUUGUAGGUUCGGGCAUUUUUGUUCUUACCGGACUUGAGGCUCGGGAGGAAGUAGGUCCCGCCGUCGUUUUAUCUUACGUCGUUUCCGGUAUCUCUGCUUUGCUUUCCGUAUUCUGUUACACCGAAUUCGCCGUUGAAAUUCCAGUGGCAGGUGGAUCGUUUGCAUACUUGAGAGUAGAAAUGGGAGACUUUGUGGCGUAUAUAGCUGCCGGAAACAUACUCCUUGAAUAUGUUAUAGGAGCAGCCGCCGUAGCACGUUCAUGGACCUCUUAUUUCGCCACCCUUUGCAACAAAAACCCUGACGAUUUUCGUAUUAUUGUCCACAACAUGAACCCUGAUUUCAGCCAUCUUGAUCCUAUUGCUGUUGUAGCCCUCAUUGCAAUUUCCACUCUUGCUGUUUGCAGCACUAAAGCCUCUUCUGCCUUCAAUAAAAUUGCCACUAUCGUUCACUUGAUUGUCAUUUCCUUCAUCAUCAUUGUUGGCCUUUUAAACGCUAAUCUCCAAAACUAUACUUCAUUUGCUCCUUUUGGUACACGAGGCAUUUUUAAAGCUUCAGCUGUUCUUUUCUUUGCUUAUAUUGGUUUUGAUGCUGUUUCAACUAUGGCUGAAGAAACUAAAAACCCUGGUAGAGACAUUCCUAUUGGUCUUAUUGGCUCAAUGUUGAUUAUCACUUUCAUAUAUUGCUUAUUAGCAACAACACUCUGUCUUAUGCAGAACUACAAAACCAUCGAUAUUGAUGCACCUUUUUCAGUUGCUUUUAAUUCUAUUGGAUGGGGAUGGGCUAAAUACAUUGUUGCAUUUGGAGCAUUGAAGGGAAUGACAACAGUUUUGUUGGUCAAUGUAGUUGGUGCUUCUCGUUAUCUUACACACAUUUCUCGUACUCACAUGGUCCCACCUUGGUUCGCUUUUGUUAAUGAAAAAACUGGGACCCCUUUGAAUGCUACAUAUUCAAUGGUUAUAGCUACUUCUAUAGUUGCUUUUUUCACAAAUCUUCGUAUUCUUUCCAACCUAUUGUCAAUUUCAACUCUCUCUAUUUUCAUGCUUGUGGCCACUGGGAUUUUAGUGCGUCGCUACUAUUCAACUGGGGUAACUACAAAAGGGAAUCAAGUUAAGCUCAUUGUGUGUCUUCUGUUGAUUAUUGGAUCUUCAUGUGGCAUGUCUGGUUAUGGAGCAUAUAGUACUGAUGGUUGGAUUGGUUGGGCAAUUCUAGUUCCAUUGUGGCUUUUAGGGACUGGUGGUCUUUGGCUUGGUGUUCCACAAGCAAAGAAACCAAAAGUUUGGGGGGUGCCUUUAGUUCCAUGGUUACCUUCUUUAUCAAUUGCUAUUAAUAUAUUUCUUCUUGGAUCAAUUGAUAAAGAUUCAUAUAUAAGGUUUGCUAUAUGGAGUGGCCUUCUAUUCAUUUAUUAUGUUCUCAUUGGGCUACAUGCUUCUUAUGAUGCAGCAAAGGAAUGUGAGAGCAAACAUUGUAUGUUUCAAUAUAUUGACAAGGAGAUGAGCAAUGUGGAAGAGGAAGAAAGUACAAAUUAGAGACAGGGUCAUUGGGAAAUGUACAUACAUCCAAAAUUAAGCUACUACUACACUCUUAUUCAUUAUGUUCUGUUUGGGAGACAAAACUGCUUCUUGCAACAAUUAGAAGAGUUAAAGUACUAGUAUUUGGGGAAGGUCGUGUUUACAUUUCUAGUGAUAGUAGUACCAAAAAUUAUACUAAAUGAAUUGAAAUGUAAUCCUUUAGCUAUAUAUCAUUAUCUCUAUGAAAAACUAUAAGUUUCUAUACAAAUAUUAUCAAUAGAAGUGUAAAAUUUGUUGUUAGACCUCGUACAGACAUAUUGUAUCACCAUCAUACACUAGUUGAUUGUUUUACAAUCGAAUAUCUUUAUACAUAAUACAAUUAUUUAUAUA